UUUACAACUGUCACGAGUUGAGCAGCAGGGUCGGAUCGAGGCGUAUUAACAUGGAGAUGAAACUAGAAUUAAACUAAGGACACCUAGCUUAACAGAUUUGCGAUUUCAAUAUGGCGAAGGUGGAAGUUGCAGAAAUGCAGAGCUCCGUCCACGAAAACGAUAAGAAUGUUUUGGAGUUUAUGGAUUCAACGGACAGCUAUUUAGUUCUUAUGAAUUCUCUCUCUUCAUCACUUCGCCAGGGAUGGUUUGAGUUGGCGAGUGCUAGGCAUUCCAUGGGUGCUUCACGUAUCAAUAGUGCUUUGUUUGACCUCAAAUCUCAUUCUGCUGCCACUACGUUGCAGUUAAACAAUUUGGAUGCUGGGCCUGAAUUGGAGAAAUUGCAUUUCAGUUUGUGUAAGUGGGCAUCGUCUGAGAGUCCAAAAAGCUCUUCUGAGGAAGCAAAAUUUGAGGAGGAUAAACUGUUACAGAGGAAAUCCAGUAGCCCAAAGGUUCUGAAGCAGGACGGUUCCUCAAAUUCUGCACCUGAUUUGUUAGUGGCAUGGAAGUCCAGUUUAAGGAAUGCUUCUUCUACACUUGCAGCAAAAGAUAAUGUAAUAUAUAACUGAAUAAAGGACGCAUCUUCUAUUCCUUUACCUGAAUUAAGCAUCUAUCACAACAAAGAUUCUAACUUUCU